AUGGUUGACUGGAUCACAGUUUCUAUACCUCGGUGUUUCAGACUAAACCCGCUAAUAACUAGAUUACAGAAUAGUUAUGGACGUGAUUCCGGACAUACACCAUCAUUCCUCGGUGUCUGGCCUGCCACGUUCUGGAGCCCGCUGGAGGCACACCGGCCCUCGGGUAUCCUUCACCCGUGUGAGUGGGUGUGGCGCAAGCAAGCCACUCCGGGUGGGGUGUGGCGCAAGCAAGCCACUCCGGGUGGGGUGUGGCGCAAGCAAGCCACUCCGGGUGGGGUGUGGCGCAAGCAAGCCACUCCGGGUGGGGUGUGGCGCAAGCAAGCCACACCGGGUGGGGUGUGGCGCAAGCAAGCCACACCGGGUGGGGUGUGGCGCAAGCAAGCCACACCGGGUGGGGUGUGGCGCAAGCAAGCCACACCGGGUGGGGUGUGGCGCAAGCAAGCCACACCGGGUGGGGUGUGGCGCAAGCAAGCCACACCGGGUGGGGUGUGGCGCAAGCAAGCCACACCGGGUGGGGUGUGGCGCAAGCAAGCCACACCGGGUGGGGUGUGGCGCAAGCAAGCCACACCGGGUGGGGUGUGGCGCAAGCAAGCCACACCGGGUGGGGUGUGGCGCAAGCAAGCCACACCGGGUGGGGUGUGGCGCAAGCAAGCCACACCGGGUGGGGUGUGGCGCAAGCAAGCCACACCGGGUGGGGUGUGGCGCAAGCAAGCCACACCGGGUGGGGUGUGGCGCAAGCAAGCCACACCGGGUGGGGUGUGGCGCAAGCAAGCCACACCGGGUGGGGUGUGGCGCAAGCAAGCCACACCGGGUGGGGUGUGGCGCAAGCAAGCCACACCGGGUGGGGUGUGGCGCAAGCAAGCCACACCGGGUGGGGUGUGGCGCAAGCAAGCCACACCGGGUGGGGUGUGGCGCAAGCAAGCCACACCGGGUGGGGUGUGGCGCAAGCAAGCCACACCGGGCGGGGUGUGGCGCAAGCAAGCCACACCGGGCGGGGUGUGGCGCAAGCAAGCCACACCGGGCGGGGUGUGGCGCAAGCAAGCCACACCGGGCGGGGUGUGGCGCAAGCAAGCCACACCGGGCGGGGUGUGGCGCAAGCAAGCCACACCGGGCGGGGUGUGGCGCAAGCAAGCCACACCGGGCGGGGUGUGGCGCAAGCAAGCCACACCGGGCGGGGUGUGGCGCAAGCAAGCCACACCGGGCGGGGUGUGGCGCAAGCAAGCCACACCGGGCGGGGUGUGGCGCAAGCAAGCCACACCGGGCGGGGUGUGGCGCAAGCAAGCCACACCGGGCGGGGUGUGGCGCAAGCAAGCCACACCGGGUGGGGUGUGGCGCAAGCAAGCCACACCGGGUGGGGUGUGGCGCAAGCAAGCCACACCGGGUGGGGUGUGGCGCAAGCAAGCCACACCGGGUGGGGUGUGGCGCAAGCAAGCCACACCGGGUGGGGUGUGGCGCAAGCAAGCCACACCGGGUGGGGUGUGGCGCAAGCAAGCCACACCGGGUGGGGUGUGGCGCAAGCAAGCCACACCGGGUGGGGUGUGGCGCAAGCAAGCCACACCGGGUGGGGUGUGGCGCAAGCAAGCCACACCGGGUGGGGUGUGGCGCAAGCAAGCCACACCGGGUGGGGUGUGGCGCAAGCACGCCACACCGGGUGGGGUGUGGCGCAAGCAAGCCACACCGGGUGGGGUGUGGCGCAAGCAAGCCACACCGGGUGGGGUGUGGCGCAAGCAAGCCACACCGGGUGGGGUGUGGCGCACCAAGCCACACCAUCAGCAUAAUCUCCGGGAUGUAUCAAAGUGGCCAUCUGCCAUGAGGAAAAUCCUCAUAACUCCCUAUUCUGGCGGCAGGAAGAUUUUUCCUGCCUUGAGCCCCGAGGCGGCGGGAGAGACCUGA